AGAUAAGGCUUUUCCGCUUCCGGGUGGCGGCGGUUGCUAGGCUGCGCUUCAGGUUGCUACGAGAGGCCUAGGGCUCGUUUUCAGCGAGCGACGCAAUGGCGGGGAGCAGGUUGGAAAAGUUGAGCAGCAUCUUUUUCCGGACAAGGGGUUUGCUGCGCUCAGGGGUGAUGCCUGAAGCCAAGAAGCCAGUCUGGUAUGAAGUUUAUGCAGCCUUCCCUCCACUUAGGGAGCCGGUUUAUCAAGAUCCUAAUCCGGAGACUGACAAAGAAGAAGACCCUAUUCGCCCUAUCCUGUACCCGGAGGAUAAGAUCAGAGCGAAAUUUUACCAAGUUUAUGGAAAUGGUCCAAAAGCCUUUCAGCUCUCCAAAUUAAAUUUUGAAUCUGCCUGUCAAAAGUUUGUUCAGAAAUACAACCUGCUGGAACAGAAAGGAGAAGUGGACGAGGACAGACUGUUUGAGGAAACAGGGAAGGCCCUCUUGGCAGAAGGUUUUCUCUUACAAAAGCAUGUGGCGCCACUUCCUUCCCAGGAGGCCAAGCAAGAACACCCUGCCUUGAGCGUGAAAAUCCACAACGUCUUAUCAGAGGCACAAAGUCAGCCUCAAGAACAAGCACCCGAGCCUGCAGAAGAUGUGCCUAAGGGAGGCCCUUUGCCAUCAUCCUAAGGGCCUUGCAUUCCUCAUCCCUUAUUUUUGCAGCAGUGCCUCUAUGUCAGCCGAUGUCUAAUCGGAGACACUCCGGACUGAGAGAUGCUUGCAUAAUUCAAGGUUGGCAACACUCUCUCCACCUCAUAUUCCCCCGCACACCGUUGUGAAUGUUGGAUUGGUCUACAGUAUGCAACACACAGCCUUGGGGCAUUCCUUGAACUGGAGGGUGUCUUUGAGGGGCAGUGGGUGGUAGGCAGUCCUGCAGACUGAAGUGUGUAUGUAAAACGAUGGCUUUGGUCAUUAAAAACGUCCUUCAGCAAUGGAGGACAUGAAUGGCUUGA